AUGUCUUCGUCCAUUGGAAGAGCGAGGCCAUCCCGGCGCUCGGCUCCUCGGAAGAGCUAUGUGAUCGAAGAGACAUCCGAAGAGGAGGAUCCUGGAAAUGUCACCCCCACAGCGUCCCAUCAAAGCAGCGACGAAGAAGAGGAUGAGGACGACUACACACCCGUUCCUCCCAAGAGAAGCGCAGCAAAGAGCUCUUCCCGGAGACGAACGAUGACCGAAGCGGUAACACCCAGUACCGCGCGCACAGUGCGGAAAACCCGACAAUCGACCGCAUCGCAGCAAACAGAUGUCUCGCAUAUAAGUGAUGCGAACGAAGAGGGCGAUAGUAUUGUGCUCAAGGAAGAGGAACCCGAAUCUCCUUCACAGAAUGCGGCUGCGGCUCAGCAAAGAAAAAGUAUGGCUCAUCCCCGCAAGAGUCGGGUUUCUUCCACGCCCAAUCCCGAAAAGUCCUCAUUGCCAACUCCAGAGCCCUCAGUCUCGCCCCAACCCCAGCCGCGCUCUCAAAGAGCCAGCGUGCCUCCCCUCGCCGAUAUUACCGAGUCCGCAGUCAAUCAGACUCCAGCGAAGCCCUCCGACGAUGCGAAGCCGUCUCAGAUCUCCGUGAUCAAUCCAAACUCGACCGUGCUUGAGAGGCCGAUGGAUAUUGUUGCAAAGUCGCGGACUUUAGCCCCUCCUGUUCCUGAAGAACCAUCUGGACCCAAACCCCGUUUGAUCAUCACCCAUCUGGUUCUGACAAACUUCAAGAGUUACGCAGGGAAACAGAUUGUAGGUCCUUUCCACGCGUCGUUUUCCUCUGUCGUCGGGCCCAACGGAUCCGGAAAGUCCAACGUUAUCGAUUCUCUGCUGUUUGUCUUUGGUUUCCGAGCGAGUAAGAUGCGACAAGGCAAAAUAUCUGCGCUCAUCCACAACUCCGCGAACUUUCCGAACCUACCGUUCUGUGAGGUUGAGGUUCACUUUCAGGAAGUUUUUGAUCUCCCCGGAGGAAAACACGAAGUUGUCCCAGAUUCCCAACUGAUGAUCUCCCGCAAAGCGUUCAAGAAUAAUACCAGCAAGUAUUACAUGAAUAACAAGGAGACAACCUUCACAAUAGUCACGACCUUGCUUCGAGACCGCGGAAUCGACCUUGAUCACAAGCGGUUCCUUAUCCUUCAGGGUGAAGUCGAGUCAAUCGCGCAAAUGAAGGCGAAAGCCGCCAACGAGCACGAAGACGGACUGCUUGAAUACCUCGAAGAUAUUAUCGGGACAUCUAAGUACAAGACUCCCAUUGAGGAAGCAGCGACUGAACUUGAACAGCUCAAUGAUGUCUGUGUUGAGAAAAAUAAUCGUGUUCAGCACGUUGAGAAGGAGAAGACUGCGCUGGAGGACAAGAAGGAUAAAGCAUUGGGGUACAUUCGGGAUGAAAACGAGCUGGCUCAAAAGCAAUCCGCCCUCUAUCAGAUUUACAUUGAUGAGUGCGCUGACAACAUCCGCGUCACUGAAGAAGCGAUCCUCCAAGUGCAGGAGCUAUUGAAUCUAGAAUUGGAGAAGCAUGAGGGCAACGAGUCUGGCAUCAAGGAACUAGAAAAGGCAUACAAACGCGGCAUGCGGGAGUAUGAGAACAUGGAGAAGGAGUUACAAGGCCUGGUGAAGGAGAUGGCGAAAUACGACAAGGAAUCGGUCAAGUUUGAAGAGAAGAAGAAAUUCUUGGUCAACAAGCAGAAGAAGCUAGAAAAGUCCAUGCAAGCGGCGCGUCUUGCCGCGUCUGAAUGCGAGAGCCUUGUGCAGAAACACACGGACGAUAUUGAAAACAAGACCGCGGAGACUUCUGAAUUGGAGCACGAGAUGAAGAGGGAAGAGGAAGAGCUGUCGUCGAUUCGAGAGAGCUUGAAGGGGAAAACCCAGGGGCUCUCUGACAAGAUUGCGGCUAAACAAAAGUCUUUGGAGCCCUGGGAUGAGAAGAUCAACAAGAAGCUCUCAGCGGUAGCCGUCGCGCAAAGUGAACUGGACAUUCUGCGAGAGCGAAGUAAUGCAGGAGCUGUGCAGUUGGAGGAGGCCCGCUCGAAGGUCGCUUCUAUCGAAGAAGCGCUGGCAACCAAGGAAGCGGAUGUUGAGGAACGCAAGGCUCAAAGGGAUAACCUCGAAGAGGAACUCGCGAAGCUGAAACAGGAUCUCAAAAAGUUCACUACCAAAGAGCCAGAGGUUCGCGCGCAUGUUUCUAGUGCCCGACAAAAGGCCGAAGAGGCGAGAGCCAGCCUGGCAAACACUCAGAACCGGGGCAGUGUUCUGUCUGGUCUUAUGCGUCUCAAGGAGUCAGGCCGUAUUGAUGGAUUCCAUGGCCGACUUGGCAAUCUUGGUACCAUUGACGAGAAAUAUGAUGUCGCUAUCUCGACUGCUUGUCCCGCGCUGGAUAAUAUGGUGGUCGAUACCGUCGAGGUCGGUCAGCAAUGUAUCGAUUAUCUCCGCAAGAACAACCUGGGUCGUGCCAACUUUAUCCUUCUCGAUCGUCUUCCUCGGCGUGAUAUGUCCCAAAUUUCCACACCCGAGAACGUACCACGAUUGUUCGACCUCGUCAAGCCUAAGGAUCCGAAGUUUGCACCAGCAUUUUACAGUGUGAUGCAAAACACACUGGUAGCCAAAGACCUGGAACAUGCCAAUCGCAUCGCCUAUGGCGCCAAGAGAUGGAGAGUGGUCACUCUCGAUGGCCAGCUGAUCGACGUGUCUGGAACCAUGAGCGGAGGUGGCACUCGUGUGGCUCGGGGAGGCAUGUCUUCGAAGCAGGUGGCCGAGGUGAGCAGGGACCAGGUUUCCCAGCUCAAUUCUGAUUUGGAAGAGAUGGAGAGGAAAUUCCAAAACUUCCAGAACAAGCAAAAGCACGUCGAGGCUGCCAUCAGGGAGAAGUCCGAAGAAAUUCCUCGUGUCGAGACAAAGAUCCAGAAAAUCAUGAUCGAGAUUGAAAGUGCAAACCGCAGUCUGGCAGAUGCUCAACGGAGAGUGAAGGAACUGAGCGUCGCUCACAAGCCGUCGAAGACUGAUGCAAAUCAAGCUGCACAUCUGGAAAGCCAGAUUUCGUCCCUUGAGGAAGAGAUCGAGGACCUUCGGGCUCAGAAGAGCGGCAUUGAAGAAGAGAUCCAUACACUCCAGAACAAGAUCAUGGAGGUUGGCGGUGUCCGCCUGCGAAGUCAGAAGGCAAAGGUGGAUGGUCUGAAGGAACAGAUCAGUUUGCUCUCAGAAGAGAUCUCCAAUGCGGAGGUUGGGAAAUCCAAAAACGAGAAGCUCAGCAUGAAGCAUCAGAAGGCUCGCGCAGACGCUGAGAAGGAGCUUGAACAAGUUGCUGAGGAUCUUCAAAAAUUGAAUACCGAUGUUGAGGAACAGACGAAUGACGCCGAUGGUUGGAAGCAGGCUGUGGAGGAGGCGCAAGAGGCUUUGGAGACGAAGAAGGGCGAGCUGAAGACUCUCAAGCAAGAGGUGGACGAAAAGGUCACUGAGCUGAACGAGACUCGGGCGACGGAGAUUGAGAUGCGAAACAAGCUCGAAGAGAAUCAGAAGGCGUUGACCGAGAAUGAGAAGCGCGGGCGAUACUGGUCCGAGAAACUCUCCAAGCUAACCCUCCAGAACAUUAGCGAUCUGGGCGAGGAGCAGCAAGCCACGGAGCUCCAGAUUUACACAAAGGACGAAUUGUUGGAGAUGAACAAGGAGUCCUUGAAGGCCGUCAUUGCCGCUCUCGAAGAAAAGACCCAGAACGCCUCGGUCGAUCUGGCAGUGAUCGAAGAGUAUCGUCGCCGAGCUGCUGAGCAUGAAGCUCGUGUGGCUGAUCUAGCCACUGCGCUGGCAUCUCGUGACGGUGCGAAAGCCCGUCUCGACGGCCUCCGAUCUGCUCGUCUGAAUGGGUUCAUGGAAGGCUUUAGCAUUAUCUCACUACGUCUGAAGGAGAUGUACCAGAUGAUCACCAUGGGAGGUAAUGCUGAGCUGGAACUCGUCGACUCUCUAGAUCCCUUCUCCGAGGGUAUCUUGUUCUCCGUCAUGCCCCCAAAGAAGAGCUGGAAGAACAUCGGCAACUUGUCCGGUGGUGAGAAGACACUGUCGAGUUUGGCGCUUGUGUUCGCCCUGCACCACUACAAGCCCACACCUCUCUACGUCAUGGACGAAAUUGAUGCAGCCCUGGACUUUAGAAAUGUCUCUAUUGUAGCUUCCUACAUCAAGGAGAGAACCAAGAACGCACAAUUUAUCGUUAUCUCCCUGCGCAACAACAUGUUCGAACUCGCUUCUCGCCUCGUUGGUGUCUACAAGGUCAACCACAUGACGAAGAGUGUCACAAUUGAAAAUAAGGACUAUAUCACCGGACGAUAG